CUUCUGCAACGGAAAUUUAAAGCUUCAAGAGGCAGUAACAGACAAUUCCCACCUCCGGCGAAAAAAUGCUCCUCUGCAAGCCUCUGUUCACCGCUCAAUUUCUUCCUAAAACCCUAAUUUCCACCUCAACUCAAAACCCAAGCGUAGUCAGAGCAUCACUGAGCGUCACCAAGAACAUGUCCCCCACAGAGCCAGCAACAACCUCGAGAACCUUAGCUCCAUCGCGGAGACGAACCAUGUCCGCCUUCGAAUCUCGAAUCUCUCUCGUUUUCGCUCUAGCUUCUCAGGCCUCCUCCGUCUAUCAGCGACUUUUGAUGGACAUAGCUAGUGAGACUUCGAAAUAUGUCUUCCCAAAAAGGUUUGAGAGUCGAAAUUUAGAGGAAGCUUUAAUGGCGGUUCCGGAUCUUGAGACAGUGAAGUUUAGGGUUUUGAGUAGGAGAGAACAGUAUGAAAUAAGGGAAGUUGAGCCUUAUUUUAUAGCUGAGACAACCAUGCCCGGGGAUACUGGAUUUGAUUUUAGUGGUGCAUCUCAGUCUUUCAAUAUCCUAGCUGAAUUUCUGUUCGGUAAGAACACGAAAAUGGAGAAAAUGGAGAUGACCACGCCUGUUUUUACACGUAAGACUGAACCUGUUGGAGAGAAAAUGGACAUGACAACACCUGUAAUCACAAAGAAGGUGAUUUCUUUUUUAUGACAUGAAUUAGCUUCAUCAUUUUCUCCCUUCCAUCUAUGAAGCUUUGAAAUGCCAGCAUUGGCCUUGAAAUGUGAUGCCAUGUUAUAGUGUUCUGGUUUGCUAAGAGAAAUUCGUUUCUUGCUUGAAAUGAAUCAUGCAAUUCUGUUCUGAUGGAGAUUGCUUACCGAAUUCAGUUUCCUUUUAUGGGUUUACCCUUUUUUCUUGCCAUCUUGUUUGCCUUGUUUAUUGAUCACAAUUGCUACAUUUGAACCAUCUGUGCACUUCAGCAGUUGAAUAUAAUCAUAUGUAGACAUACUGAUUUUCUCACUCUACUCUCUUUUUUUAAUCAUACUCUAAUUUCAUUACAUAUCUUUGAAGUUGAAAGACCAAGAUAAGUGGCAAAUGUCCUUUGUCAUGCCUUCGAAAUAUGGUGCCAACUUGCCAUUGCCUAAAGAUCCAUCUGUACGCAUUACAGAGGUUCCAAGGAGGGUUGUUGCAGUUGUUGCCUUCUCAGGUUUUGUUACUGAUGAGGAAGUUAAACGAAGGGAAUUGCAAUUAAGAGAUGCUCUGAAAAAUAACAGGCAAUUUCAAGUAAAAGAGGGUGCAUCCGUAGAAGUUGCACAGUACAAUCCACCAUUUACACUUCCCUUUACACGUCGAAAUGAGAUUGCGCUGGAACUAGAAAGGAAGGAAGAAUAGCUCUAGGCUAGGGAUUCUAGAACAUGAAGGUAUACUGUUUCAUAUUAUACCCCUGUAAAUUUAGCCUAGCAACCUGUUUGAUACCUUCCCAAUCAGACGGUUUUAUGUUUUAUGUUUUGUAAGUGACAAAUCAAUAAUAUGAUUGUAUAAUUAGUGAAAUAAAAAUUAUUGUAUUAC